CAUAUUAGGCAGGGACUGCCGUUUUCUCUCUGAGACAAACAUCAUGCCAGUAAACUGGUGCAUGGUGGGGUGGCAGAGGGAGAGGGCCCAGGUAGGGGCGGACACUCUUGCCUGCACAGUUGAUGUGGAGCCAGAAAGCUGACUCUGGCUGCAGAAAAAAAGGUCAGGGUUGCAUUUCCCUUCCUUGCUUCUUGAUGGAUGAUCAAUUUUUUUGAAAUAUGGACGUCCCAAGGCCAAUGAGACUGGUGCCAUUCCAGAAAAGGGCCACUCUGUGGGCCGGACAAUUGGAAGCGACCUGAAGGUGGGGUCAAGGGAGGCCCCAAAACAAUCUGCACAGCAGGAGGGAUGGCCAGGGCUCUUGAGCUAUAAGUAGCACCUCAGGGCCCUGACGGGCGUCUCGCCAUGCUGUUCCUGGGCCUGCUGCUGCUGCUGCUGCCGCCCCUGCUGGCUGGCGCUCGCCUGCUGUGGAACUGGUGGAAGCUCCGGAGCCUCCACCUCCCGCCUCUUGCCCCAGGCUUCUUGCACCUGCUGCAGCCCGACCUCCCCAUCUAUCUGCUUGGCCUGACUCAGAAAUUCGGGCCCAUCUAUAGGCUCCACCUUGGGCUGCAAGAUGUGGUGGUGCUGAACUCCAAGAGAACCAUUGAGGAAGCCAUGGUCAAAAAGUGGGCAGACUUUGCUGGCAGACCUGAGCCACUUACCUACAAGCUGGUGUCUAAGAACUACCCGGACCUGUCCUUGGGAGACUACUCCCUGCUCUGGAAAGCCCACAAGAAGCUCACCCGCUCAGCCCUGCUGCUGGGCAUCCGUGACUCCAUGGAGCCAGUGGUGGAGCAGCUGACCCAGGAGUUCUGCGAGCGCAUGAGAGCCCAGGCCGGCACCCCUGUGGCCAUUGAGGAGGAAUUCUCUCUCCUCACCUGCAGCAUCAUCUGUUACCUCACCUUCGGAGACAAGAUCAAGGAGGACAACCUGAUGCCUGCCUAUUACAAAUGUAUCCAGGAGGUGUUAAAAACCUGGAGCCACUGGUCCAUCCAAAUUGUGGACGUGAUUCCCUUUCUCAGGUUCUUCCCCAAUCCAGGUCUCCGGAGGCUGAAGCAGGCCAUAGAGAAGAGGGACCACAUCGUGGAGAAGCAGCUGAGGCAGCACAAGGAGAGCCUGGUGGCAGGCCAGUGGAGGGACAUGAUGGACUACAUGCUCCAAGGGGUGGCGCAGCCGGGCGUGGAAGAGGGCUCUGGACAGCUCCUGGAAGGGCACGUGCACAUGGCUGCAGUGGACCUCCUCAUUGGUGGCACUGAGACCACGGCAAACACCCUCUCCUGGGCCGUGGUUUUUUUGCUUCACCACCCCGAGAUUCAGCAGCGACUGCAGGAGGAGCUAGACCACGAACUGGGCCUUGGUGCCUCCAGCUCCUGGGUCCCCUACAAGGACCGUGCACGGCUGCCCUUGCUCAAUGCCACCAUCGCCGAGGUGCUGCGCCUGCGGCCCGUUGUGCCCUUAGCCUUGCCCCACCGCACUACACGGCCCAGCAGCAUCUCCGGCUAUGACAUCCCUGAGGGCACAGUCAUCAUCCCAAACCUCCAAGGCGCCCACCUGGAUGAGACGGUCUGGGAGAGGCCACAUGAGUUCUGGCCUGAUCGCUUCCUGGAGCCAGGCAAGAACUCCAGAGCUCUGGCCUUCGGCUGCGGGGCGCGUGUGUGCCUGGGUGAGCCGCUGGCACGCCUGGAGCUCUUCGUGGUGCUGACCCGACUGCUGCAGGCCUUCACGCUGCUGCCCCCCGGGGACACCCUGCCCUCCCUGCAGCCCCUGCCCCACUGCAGUGUCAUCCUCAAGAUGCAGCCUUUCCAAGUGCGGCUGCAGCCCCGGGAGAUGGGGGCCCACAGCCCGGGCCAGAGCCAGUGAUGGGGCAGGACCGAUGC